GGGACAAACUAACGGGACAUAAAUCAAACAUUCCCUCCACAUCCUCAGCUCGUGAUGCUGAUGUUGCUCCGUCUACUACACCUUCUUCCUCUCCUCCUCUUCAACACGGAAUCCUCCUCUCUCGGGUAGCCAGUCGCCGUGUUUACUCCCAGGACAGGACCGCCCCUCCUCCUCCCCUCCCCCGCCUCUCCCUCUCCCGCACCGACAUGCAGGUGAGCCGCUUCCCUCUCAGAGUCGGCGCGGAUCAUCCGAGCGGCUGGAAGCGGCGCGCUUCGCUCCGUAAAGAGCCAAGUUCCCUGCAGGAUUUUAGGAUUCGGGAACGGCCGAGCGUCGGAGCAGGAGGGCGGGCAGGAAAAGGCAACAGUUUGGACGGGAAGGUGUGCAGUGCGUUAUUGGAGACUUGUAAACCUGACAUGUGUUCACUGAGUGAGACGGUAACUUGAGUCCUGUCACAGGGGUGUCCAAUAUGCACGCUGUUGCAUCACAGCUUUUAGGCAAGACUGAUGUUAGAGGCAGCUGUUGCCACCCUGCUGUUGCAGCUAUGCUGCUCCUGCUGUGUCUUGGCUUCAUUCCCAUAGUGGCCCCUUGCCCACCACACUGCCUUUGUGCCAGUGAUAUCAUUUCCUGCAGUGGGAGCAAUCUGUCCACAUUACCCUUUGGUCUUCCAAGCUAUGCCACGAGGCUGGACCUGAGCCACAACGCCCUGAGAACCAUGCAGGUGGACUGGGUUUCCCAACCGUUUCAGCGGCUCACUACACUGGUUCUCAGCUGGAACUCCAUAAGCCAAAUCGAGAUGGCCGCCUUCAAUGCGACACCACGUCUCCUCCAUUUGGACCUUUCAUCUAACCAGUUGAGAGUUCUGAACUCAUCCGUCUUCAGGGGGCUGACAGAACUUAAAGAGCUACUCCUGAUUGGAAACCAGAUUGCCCAAAUAAUGCCGGGGGCCUUUAGUGAUGUCAACAGUCUGCGGAGACUCUACCUCUCCGCAAACAGACUAACAUCCUUCCCCCUGGGACUUUUUGAGGACCCUAGUGGACCGCGUAACCUAACCUUCCUGGAUCUGUCUUACAACAGGCUGUCCAAGUUACCCAUCCAGAGCCUGCUGUCUCUCAGCCGCCAUGCUGGAAUAUAUUUGCAGGAAAAUCCUUUGCUGUGUGACUGUGCAUUGAUUGCUUUGCUUGAAUACUGGCUUUGGAAACAGUAUCGCCCACUGGUGGAUUUCCAAGUUGGAUACCAAUGUAGAGGCACUGCAGUUCGAGAGGUUAAUUGUACACAUCAGGGUCUGUCAGACAUACCCUUGGAGGCACAAAGCUAUCGUGUAGAGCCUGGCGAUUGGGUAAGAGUACCCUGUCCUGGAUUAGGUCUUCCUGUCCAGCAAGGUUUGAUUGUCUUCUGGGUUACCCCAAGAACAGCACUGAAUUCCUCAGCAAGUAAUCUGAGUUCUCAUCUGUCGGUUUUUCCCAACGGCACGCUUGAAAUCCAAGGAGCGCUAAUGGAAGACUCUGGCAUAUACGAGUGUGUGGUUGCCCGGGGACGCUACUAUGAUUCAGGUGAAUCUCCAGAAGCCAGGGUCAUGGUCGGUAACUCAAGUGUCUCCUCCACCACGGGCUUGGCUCGUCGCAGCAGCGGUGAACAUUUCAACACGGCGUUCACCACCCUUGCUUCCUGUGUGAUCAGCAUCAUACUGGUCCUGCUCUACCUCUACCUCACUCCUUGCCAGUGUCGGGAAAGUCGGGGUGGCUCCAGGGGUUGUGGCGCACGGGCCAUCAUUCUCUGUUCAGACCCCAGAGAGGUAGAAUCAGGACAAAGGCGUGCCAACGGAAAGAGGGUAGCGUUCUUAGAGCCUCAGGCAGAGGACUCAGAUAUUAGUGUCCCAAAAACACCGGUGAUGACAUUGGACCGUAUUUCCACUGAGGGAAUUCUCAAAAAUGGAAGUAGGACAGUGGGACACACCCUCACAGACCCUGCACAUGAGGUAUAGUGAGGGAAAAGCACCUUCUUAACAACCUUGUACUCUUGAAAGUCUUAUUUUGUGUAUUCGAAGUGGAAGAAAAAAAAAACCCAUUUGAUGUAAAAUGUGAGUUAUGUAAAGUAGCUGUCCAUUCGUCUCAAAUGCAGUCCUUUAACAGAGUAGAAUUUAAAUUAUGUUUUUUCUCUGUGUGGUGUCUGUUUUAUAUUCAGAGUUCAUAUGGAAAUGUCCCAGUUAUCUCUGAGAAGCGUUCAUGCAUGGAUCACAGAGAUCAUAGAAACGUGGGAGGGCUCUUUAAAUUGGGCCAGUAGGAAUAUUUUCACACCUGACCGAUGAGUGGAGUUGGAGGACUUUAUCUGUCUACAGUGUCUAGCGUGUGUUCUGGAUAAAAUUAUAGUUUGUCCUCUUUUGAUAACUUUGUUGUCUCACAGAACUUGUCAUUUUAAAAAGUUCCUUUUGGUUCAGCUACAAAUGUAUAAAUGUUUCAAAUCAUCAAUCAAAUUUUAUAUCAAAAACAUCCCACAGUUACCCAUAAAUUAACACAUACUGCAGUUUUGAAAUGACCAUUUCAAUUAUUUAAGUAAAGAAUCUAGCCGAACCAGCCAGACUGCAACCCUAAAGGUGAAAAAGUAAAUGCCUCCUUAACCUAAUAACUGUUGUGUGACUACAACUGCAAUCAAGCAUUUGCAUCAACCUGAAAUGAGUCUUUUACAAAUAAACAUAGAAUUGUUUUAUUCAGCCAUAUUGGAAGGUUCUUGAGCUUGAACGACCUAAGGUCGUGUGGCAGAAUCUCAAUCAGAUUUAAGUCCAGACUUUGACUAGGCCACUCACCACCUGCAUGCACACUCUUAAGAGGCAUUCAGAGGAGGACUCACUGGUAUUUUGGAUCAUUGCUCAGUCCAACCAUAAAAUGUUUUAGCACUGGGUGUAUCCAGUAUAUUUGAACUCAACUUUGUAAAUAAGAAUAUGUGUUAAACACAGAAAGUUUAUUAUUUUACAAAGCAUGUAAUUACUUUUUCACACAGGGCCAGUUUGUUUCAAAUAACUUUCCUGUUUUAAUAAAUAAACUCACCAGUGGGAAACUGGCUUUGUAUGCAACAAGAUUAUCUUUGAUAUUAGAAUUAGCUUGAUGAUCUGAAACACUUUUGGGUGGCAAAAAGAGCAAAGACUGAAAUGGGCAAAUAUUUCUCCUCAGCACUGUUUUUACAUACAGUCGUUUUAACUGGAAACCUCAUCUGUUAUGUUUUUUAUUAGCUCUGUCCAUUUAACUCAACUAGAAUUCAGCGUUGGCUCAGAAUUACAUACAAAAUAUAAAAGCCCCACUUUUAUAUUUUCACCUAAAAGUGGGCCUAGUGACUCUCAAAUGACAAGUUCAGUGAAAAUUGUUGCUUAGAAAUUUUCAUGGUAAUGUGGGACUGUGAUGCUCGCUUUGCAGAGAAACAGACACAAUGCUAAAACAUGUAGGAGUAAUAUUUUUCUCAUUGGUCUGAAUAUGGUCAUGAAGAGUGCCUUUUAUGAGAAACUCAGAAUUAGUUUCAAUGCUGUGUAUUUUAGUGGGAACUUGUCCUGAAAAACGCUGAUGCAGCUGUGUUUGUACUACACAUGAACGGCUUCCUCACAGACAAGUCUGUUUUUCCACCACUCAACGUUUUCAUCGUUCAACUACACAACUUUAAAAUAUUUCUGCUAAACUCCCAUUGUUUUCAUGAAGCAAAAAACCAGCUUAUGAAAACCUUUGGAGCCUAUCUGGGUAUGAAAUGUGAGAAACUGGUGGUUAAUUGUACUGAGAUGUUUCUGAAUAGUUCUCAAAUUUUUACAUAGGUUUGAUGAAGGGAAAAUCUGGUUAAACAAUAUCUAGAUUUGAGUGGUAUGCUAAUGGUCAUAGCAGUUCGGUACACUAUUUUAUGGUCCGGUGUAUUCAGGAGAGUUUCUCCCUAACUAUACAGUACUACUAUCCUAUGGACCAACAACUGAAGAGGGUUCAGGAAUCCAGUGCAACGGCUCAGUAGUGUGGGCCACUUUUACAAUGGAAACAGACAAACUACAGUACAGAACCGGACCAACCAGUGCCAUACUGCUCUGUGGAAACAAGGCAUUAUGGAUCCUGACACUCACACAGGAAACCAUAAUGGUUCGUGGGCUGUCCAGAUUAUUUUGUAGACAAUAAAUCUUGCUUCAUCCUGCCAAUUAGUUUUUCCUAGAACCGCUGUGGAUGAUGGGGACAUGGAGAGAGCAGUCGAAACACAUGUCACUAAAUUUUAUGAUGUUCAAAGAAAUGUUUGUGCUGCAAGAACAGCUUUUUCUGUGACUUUUGUUGGCACACAAUGAACUGGAUGUUUAUUCCAAUCUGAGCUAAAUAAAGAAAUAGUUAUACAAAGUAAAAAUGCUAACAGUAGCUAACUGCACAACAUAAAAACACAAUUAGCAGAACCACAAUUAGCAGAACAUUUGAAGACUUCCAUGUCUUCAAAUGUGGAAACAUAAAUGUCCACCACCUUAUAAUGACCUUUAAAACAAAUUAUCAACGUCCUUGAACUGUGACUCACUCGAAAUGAUCAUCACAGCUCUCGGACAUUUUUUUAAAUCUCUGAACACCAGUUGGUGCAUAAUAAUUUGGGAUGCUGAAUCUGCUAGUUACUCAAUGUAUCAACAAGUAAUUUCUUUUUGGAAUUGAGAAAGACGUCUAUGGACGUUGCGCUGUUGUGGUUAGCUAAAUUGGCGUUUAGUUAUUUUUGGUGUUGAGUCCCAGACUUAUGGCCUUUUGUUUUUUGUUUCUUUAUCUUGUGUCUGCCCUCAUUUCACUUUAUGUAGACACUAGCAUGUUGUGUGACCUCAAAAACUGUUUACAUGAAGCCGUUACGGAAAUCCUCAUAGCAAAGUCCAAGGCUUUGCUAUGAGGAUUUUUAGCAAUUAAGCUGGAGUCGUUGGAUGAGUCUUUACAACACAUCCUACCAACAUUUAGUUUGUUGAUUGGGGUUUUGGCUUUUACCAUUUAAUUUAUUUUCCUACAUUGUCUUUGGCAGUCAUUGUGCAGUAUAGUUCCAGUUUCAACAUCACCACUGAAAUGACGCAUGGAGAAAAAGAAGUGAAGUUCAAUUUUUCUUUUUGAAGCCAUCAAAAUAACCCAAUGUAAUUUUAGAAGGUAGGCGUUUAAGAUUAGUGAUAAAAAUCUAAAUCUGUGUUUUGUGUCAAUACAUUAGAGUUUACAGACUGUUUUUAUAAGUGUAGAAUGUCAACAGUUGUAAAUGUCAUUGAUUAGUCCUUAGCAACUAACUGACGGUGUCCUGUUUGUACAUUAAAUGUUGAACACUUCUCAUGCUAGAAAUGACACCUUUGACAUUACCACUCUUCAUCAGAACCAUUUGAUUGAAUACAAACAGGACAUGUUUAAAUCAGAAUUUUACACUCAAUCAUGUUAAGAGGUAUAACAAUUGUCCCAGGGUUUUCUGUUUCCACUGUCCUAUGUGCACAAGAUAUACGUGCUUGCCAUUAGUUGUGCUUUCAUUGACCAUAGAAUUGUGCAGGAUGAUAUUUCAUAAAUAA